CAGAGGAGGGCAGCAAUACGCCAUAGACGCUUCUAACCCAAAUACAAGAAGAAGAAGAAAGAUGGCGGAUCAACCGCUACUCACGGAGGCCAGAAAGAUGGAGUAUUUCUCCUCCAUCAAUUCAAUGGCCCGUAAGAUUAUGGAGGAACGGGAGAAGAUAAAGGAGAGGCACGGCUCGGCUUGGGAUCAGAUGAGUCCGGUGGACCAGGACACGGCGAUAGACGACGGUCUGCUGGAUCCGCGGAUCCGGGCUCGGUACGCGAUGCACCGAGUGGAGCGAGAAGAGCUGGUCUGCUUCCCGAAACUACUGCUCCUCACCGGACAGAAGACCGUGCACUUCGGAGACGAGGACUUAACAUGGCAAGAUGAGCACUCGGCUCCCUUCUCCUGGGAGACCAAGAGUCAGAUGGAUUUCAGCCUCAUCUCCAGCACUCCAGAACCGUCCGUUCCCUCCUCCGUGACCGAAUCCAAACCCAAGCCCGCUCAGAGCACCAAGCUGCCCAGCACUGACGAGUCGUCCUUCUGGAAGAUCAGCGCCGAGCGCUCGCGGCUGGAGGGCGAGAAGGCCGAGUUUCAGUCUCUGACGCCCAGCCAGAUCAAGUCUCUGGAGAAAGGAGAGAAGCCUUUGCCGUCGUACCUGAAGUCAGAGUCUGAGGAUGUGCCUCCGUCACGGCCGGUUCAGCAGAGAAUCACCAAACCUCAUGCCCCUCCUCCCCCCGUUCCCAUCAGUGUGACCCCAACACCUCCCGCUCCCGUGUCCUCCUCCUCGGAAGGCUGGGAACGGGCUCAGAGCACGCUCCCGUCUGUGAGCACUAUGGAUGAUGUGUUCAGUCCUGGUCUGGUCACCAGGUCUUCCUCUCGGUCCAACAGCACUGUCAAAGAUGCCGAGAAGGCAGAAAGCUCACCCACCUCCAGUCCGACCUUCUCACAGUUUAACACAAGCAGCAGUAUCCUAAAGACUGGAUUUGACUUCUUGGACAACUGGUAACGCUUGCAUAUCCUGAAGAACCCCUUCCAGAUCACAGGAACUACAAGCACCACAAGCCCAAAACUACCAAACACUAUCCAAAUGCUUCAGUAGCUUCUUUAUAGUGCAUCAAUAUGACUGAUUGGAGUAAAAUCUUCAUCUGUCGGACUCCAUCUCACGGGUUAGAAGUUACUGAAUUCAUGAGCUAUGAUACACUAGAUAGGAUUUCAAACAGAGCAUAUGUCGAUCUUUGUUUCUUUGGUUGUUUUCACACUUGCUGGAGUCAGAAGCCAUUGUCUCUGCUCUCCUGGACCUGUUGGUCUGCUUUCACACCGUUACUGUUAUUAUAAACUGUGGAAGGUUUGCAAAAAUUCUACCAAAAGCUGUUUAUCCUGUGUAUCCAGGAAACGAAGUUUGAAAUCUUAAAGUAGCAGAACAGUGUUUUUGUAUUUUUGUUUGGUGUGACUACCAAACUGGCACAAUACACUAAACCAGUACCAGCCUACUUCGGGAUUGCAUUCACAUCCAUUAACCACGAAACAUAUUGUGGUUCACAAUAAACCAAACCCCACUUUCGGACUCAAGUAAAAUUCCUUUGCGUGUGGUUUCAGAAGUUUGGAAGAUGUAUUAAUCAAACAAGCCAGAACUCAGAUCCACACUAAAACCACUAGUGUGAAUGCUACAUCAACGUCACUGCCGUAAUUUAUCAUCAAUAUUUAUCUAGACCUCAGUUACUAGUGUUAAGAUGCUUCACUGUACAUUUAUUGAUAAGGACUUUAACGAGACACUAUAGUGCUAGCAUGGUUUUAACGAGAUGACUUGCGCCUUGCUUGUUUUGUAGACUUUUUAUAUGCGUGCUACUUUUAUAGUAUGCUUUGAAGUGAAUCAUUGACUUUUCUCCUCAUUCUCCUGAAUGCUUCCUUUCUUUGUCUCUUUCCUGUGGCCCGAUACACCAGAGAUGACUUAAUAACUUAAAAAGCAAUAGUCAAAAUCUCCAUUUGCUGUUAGUCCCAAAACAUACUUCACACAAUUACGCAAAUGUGGAUGCAACAUUAAACGGGUGUUAUGGCUACAGCAAACUCCAGAACUCAAGGGGGCGAUAGAGUUCACUGAAAUUGAAUGUGUUGUUCAGGUAGCUAGCUGUUAACAACUAGCUAUAACUCGCUCUUCCAAUUCUAUCUCACGACCAAUUCGUACGUAUUUUAUGAGGUGGCUAAUUCGUACGACCUCACUCGAUUUUAUACGAUUUGUCUAAACCCCAGUGUCGGUUAGGUUUAGGGGCGGGGUUUGGUGUACGUCAUUCGUAUAAAAAAAAUUCAUGAAUUGUACAACUUGUAAAAUACAAUUUGGCAGAAAUCGUAUGAAUUUGUACGAGUGUGGUUGUAUGAAUUAGCCACCUCGUAAAAUAUGUACAAAUUGCCGUGAGAACAGACGUGUGAAAUCGACAUUUGCAUUUAUGUACUUAGCUACCUAGGGUUCAAGAUAGGAUUCAUUUUUGGAGCUUUGUUCCGAGAUGUUUUUGUUGGAUACGAAUGCGUGGCCUGGAGACAGUAUUUAUGCAUUCAUAUAUCUGUAAUACAAAAUAAGUACAAUAAAAAAAGUACACUUA